AUGCUUCUCGCCGAAAGGAAGAAGCAACUCGAAAUAGGCACCUACCAAAAGGGAGUCCACCAAGAACUGCUAGCGGCAUAUGAAGAGGGAAAAUUUGCCAAAUAUGCGAAUGAAGAAAACUUCGAUACGUUUAUAUGUGAAGGGAAAAAAAACAAUGGAGGUUGCACAAUAGACGCCGGAGAGAAUCAUGUAAAGCCCUGGAGGGAUGAAAAGACAAACUCUGGAGUUGUGUACAAAGGUAUGGACGCGGUGAUGUCGUUUAAACGAUUUGCAGGGAAGGAGAUUAACCUUCAAGGGGAAGACAGUGAUGGGGAGCAAUCCAUUCUGGGGGUGGAAAAACUAAAACGGUUAAUGGUGAAGGGGAGAAAGAAGAAUGGAAGUCAUGAUAACAAUCUCUGGGCACUACCCUCAGGGCACGCUGACGGAAAAGAUGUCUUCGAAAGAAUCGACCAGAUAAGACACGCCAUUGCGGAGGUAAGGCGCACCAUUAGGAGGAAAAAUGAAAUGAAGAAUAGGAGAAGUGACUGCUCAUCUGGUGAUGACAUGACGGAACUUUUUUUAAACUUUGCUCAGCUCCGUGACAAAUUCGGUGAAAUAACAGCCUUAGCAGGAGUAUCCGACCCACGAUUGGGGGAGAGGGGCCAGUUGGAUGCACGCCUAAAAGGGUGCGUUACGUCAGGGGGGCAAGAGCAAAACGGCCGGGGGAAAACAAACAAUUAUAUCCUUCCAUAUUGUGAUCUUCACCAAAGCCAAGAAGAGACGAGGCACCAGGAUAGCUAUGUCUCCCUUAGGCAGAGAAACAUAUACAGGAUGUUUCAUUCGUUGCAAGAUAAAGUGAAGCAGUACGAAUGGCUGCUGACCGAAGGGUGUUCACAUCUAAAGGGGGGUGGAGACCAAGACCAAAGCGUAGGUGACAUUUUGCUAUCCAUAGCUAUGUUCCUAAACCUAUGUAUGAAUGACAAUAUGGGGAAGAGAAUUUUGAAUUAUAUUUAUUUACAAAAGAUAGAAAUAAAGAAAUGCAGACAGUACUUGGUAAGUCUGAACGAGGGGAAGUCGCUGGACAUAUUCUGUUCGCAUGUUGAAUCUGUAACCAAAGGAGUCCCUCGUGAAGAAGACCCCGUCAGCUUUGUGGAUAAGCUCUUUCGCAUUGAUCUGACUGAACACAACGAACAGGUGUUGACUUUGCAGAAGCGGCUGCUACACAGCGAACUGGGAGUCGACUUGAUGUUGCGCGAGAUGGAAACGGUGAAUGAUACGAUUGAGAGGAUAUUCCAGAAAUGGGAUGGGAUUGGACAGGACUAG